AUGUCUCGGACGAUUGGUCUCCUUGCGGCCGCCGGCCUCCUGCGCACCGCUGCUGCCGGUCUCUACCCGGGGUUGACUACCGCCAACCAUACUUGCACUCUUGUCGAGCCGGUUCUGUCCUGCUCUUGUGGAGCGAACCCUGACAAGGUCGACACCUGCUGCGUGGAGACGUACGGCGGUCUUGUUCUCGCAACCCAGUUCUGGAACACACACACCGGUCUUGAGUCCCAGGGCCAGAAGCUUCCUCAAGAUGCAUGGGGCAUCCACGGCUUGUGGCCCGACUUCUGCAACGGCUCCUACACGCAGUACUGCGAUCUGAGUCGCCAGUAUGACCCAGUUCCCUCCCCGAACACCACGACCGGGACGGCAAACGGCACCCCGGUGCCGGCAUGGAACGGCUCGUCUUUCGACGCAUUCGUCAAGCCGUUUGAGAGGUUCGAUCUGUUGGAAUACAUGAACAAGUUCUGGAUCGCUCAGUACACCCCCAAUUGGUUCCUCUGGGCCCACGAGUUCUCCAAGCACGCCACCUGCUUCAGCACCUUCGAUGUUGAGUGUUACGGCCCGAAGUACCAGGAGCACGAGGAGAUUGUCGACUUCCUUGAGACCGCCGUCCACUACUACCAGGAGACCCCGACCUGGAAAUGGCUUGCUGACAAGGCCAUCACACCUUCCAACGCGACCGCCUACUCCCUUACCGACCUCCAGGCCGCUCUCAAGGCGGGCCACGGCGCGGUCCCGUACAUUGGGUGCUCCGGCCCCCGGUACAACGCCACUGAGGCUGGUAAGGGUUCACUCGACAACGGGUACACUCAGCUCAGCGAGGCCUGGUACUACUUCCAUGUCUACGGCAAGCCCCAGCGAGGUGACAGUGUCCCUGUCGCUGCUGAUAUCAAUGGUGGCCGCGUGUCGAACUGCGCGACGACAGAGGGCGCUGUUUGGUACUACGAGCGUGCCGAGGGAUCAGUGCAGUAG